AUGGCGUCUACCUUCUCGCUGGUGCGAACCCUGCGGCUGAGAACGUGGCAGCCGGAGGCCAAGGGCAAGGAACUCAGGACACCCGGUGCACAGGUGCACGUCUCAGGGUCCAGCUGCACACCGGACACGCCCCGCAACGUGCCACAGACUGAGACGGCGGCCGUGCAAUCGUCUCGUGGCCAGGCCGGUGUCCCCUGUCCUCAGACCCGGCACGCGUCGUGCCACCUCAACCGAGAAGGCACAGAGGACGUGAGGCCAGGCCAUGAAGAUGCCACGCCCUUCCUCCCACCUUCUUCUCUGGGGCGCCAUCAUUUCACGGGCGGUGCCCCUCAAUCCGCUGAUGAGCGAUCCAGUGAGUUGCCAGAUCCCACAGUACCUGUGAGAGCUAAAGGCACAGAGCUUCUUUAUGAAGCUUUACCUAGUUCUUCCACGGACCAGCAGCCCAAAGCCGAUAUGUGGCACAACUUCGCAAGAGACAUUCUGACCGUCUAUUUAAAGAACCUCAAAAAAUACAAAACUUGUGUUAGAAGCCAAGUCACCAAUCUGAAGAACCCCCCCCAAAAUUCUCACUUACAACAAAGCUUGCUCUCUGGGACCAUGUCGCCGGGAGAAUUUGCGGAAACGGCUGUCAUGGAAAUGGCACACGAGGACCUGAAGCAGUUGAGAGCCGCAUACACGGAAUCUCGCAUCCAGGAACACCACUUGCCCCGAGUGGUGGGGGGCACAGACAAAAUAAAAUGCGGAAGCUGUGAGAAGUUCAAUUGCAAGGUCACCGUAAUCACCAGAGGAGCACCUUUCCUUGCAGGCUGGGUGCGGAACUCAAAUCCAGACGAAGACACGAUGACCUCUGUGAUCUGUAAUGAGUGUGGGGAGCAGUGGUACCACAGCAGGUGGGUGUGCCUGUAAUUGCAAAUAAAUGUUCUCUUCACAAAAAUAAAUAAAUAAAUAAA